AUGAAAACAGAAGCAGAAAAAAAGCUUCUUCGCAAAAUCAAUUUCACAUUCAUGCCAUUUGCAUGUUUAAUUCUAUUUAUUCAGUUUAUAGACAAAUCAGCACUUUCAACAAUCAGUGUAAUGCCACAAUUUUAUGCAGAUACAGGCAUAAAUCGAGAUCAAUAUAGUUGGCUUGGCUCUAUUUUUUACCUGGGGUUUCUCUGUAUGCAAUUACCAAACAACUACAUGAUGCAUAAAUUUCCAUUAUCUAAAUAUGUUGGAGCUAUUCUUGUUAUAUGGGGCAUUGUACUUUUCAGUACAGCUUUUUCUAAAAACUUUGGUCACCUUAUUGCUCUUCGCUUUUUACUCGGUUUUUUCGAGGCAAUUACUUAUCCAAGCAUGUUCUUGUUAAUUGCUACAAUGUAUAGAAGAUCUGAACAAGUACUCGGUUUUGGGGUCAUGUUUCUUAGUAACAGUGUUGGUAUGAUUAUUGGUGGUGUCAUUGGUGUCGGUAUCAUGGAAAUGCCCACCGUUGGUAACAUUUCACCUUGGAAAUGGUCCAUGAUCAUUUUUGGCUCAGUCACUAUACUUAUGGGUAUUGUCUACUUUAUUUUUUUACCUGACAGACCUGAUUCCCGCUGGUUCAGAUUAACUGAAGAAGAAAAGUCAAUAGUUGAAGAUCGUGUGCGUGACAAUGCUGUUAUUCGAACUUACAAAGUCAACAAGGACCAGAUAUGGGAAGCACUGAAGGAACCUCGUCUAUAUUGCUAUUGCUUGAUUUCUCUUUUUAUUGAACUACAAAAUGGAGCUCUUACUACUUUUCAAAGUAUCAUUAUAGCUGAUCUUGGCUUCUCGAGUACAAAUGCUGUAUUAUUGACUAUUCCUGGUGGUGUAUUUGCUCUUUUAUUGGUCGCUGGAUCUACUUCUCUCAGUAAGAGAUGGAAAGAAACUAUUUGGAUGGCUAUUGCCAUGUGCACUAUUUCCGUCAUUGGCUUGAUAUUGUUGGCCGUCAUUCCCUCAGGCGGAAUCAAGCUAUUUGGUCUCUAUCUAAGCUGGGGCUGUACGCCGACCUAUGUUCUUAUGCAGGCUUCCAUCACAAGUAAUGUUUCUGGGUAUACAAAGAAGAUUUUCUACACAAGUGGCAAUAUGAUUUCCUAUACACUGGGUAACUUUAUCGGACCUCUUUUACUUCGUAGCAAAGAAGCUCCUCAUUAUUUGACCGGUAUGAGUAUUUAUAUUGCUGCCAAUGUAUUGGUCAUUCUUAUUUUCCUUUAUUUGCGAUUUAGUUAUGUUAGGGCUAAUAAGAUGCGAAAUUUGGAUAAGAAUGAUAAUACCGUUGCUUUACCUGAUGAUUUGGAAGACAUUAGCGAUGUACAGAAUCCAAAAUUUGUCUAUAGAACUUGA